AUGGCUCCCAAGCCUCCGCCACCUCCUGGCCCGCCGCCACCACCUGGACCACCUCCACCACCAAUUUUUGGAGGAAGUUCCAAAGGCGGCUCAUCAGACGACAGAAACGCUUUGUUGAGUUCUAUACGGCAGGGGGCGAAAUUGAAAAAGACAGUAACAGUGGACAAAAGUGGUCCCUACAUACCAGGGAAAGUGUCGAAUGUAUCAAAUAGUGCAUCUCCUGUUGGGAAUGGAGUCAGGAGUGGUGCCCCAAUGCAGAAUGGGGGAGGAGCGCCUCCAAGCCUGGGAGGAUUGUUUGCUGGUGGAAUGCCAAAGCUGAGAUCAACUGGUAAAUUUGGAGGAACCACACCAAAUGGCCAAGUCAAGACUGAUGCACCCCGGUUCCCGCCCCCGCAGCAGCCACAGCAACCGCCAAAAUUCUCUCCAGAAAAGACCAGGGCAGCCAUGCCGACGCCUUCUGGGAACGUGGGGGCUUUGAGCGCAGCUCUCUCAGAGGCUUUAGCUGGUCGGGAUAGAGAGAGCCCUAGAGAACAACCUACGAGAGAGUACGCCAGGGAGACCCAAAGGGAGCACCCUAAAGAACCCCCUCCGGCGCGACCGGCGAUCCGACGGCAGCCCAGCGACAUCCGAGUCAGAGGGCCUCCCCCACAGCCACCUGUACAGAAACCAGCAAUGCCUUUGAGUUCCUCCGACUCGGUGCUGACGACCGGCUCGAUAUCGGAGCGCAUCAGCAGUCUCCAGCAGCAGAAUGCCGACCACGCGCUGCCUGCGCACAUCGCCUCCACACUCCACAGGAACAAGAGUUCCUUGCACUCCCAAGGACAGAGCUCGCUUGGCGGUAGUAUGACCUCGCUCGCAUCAGCGCCGGCCACUCCGACGCCCUCGUCGUCUCUCUCCACGUCUGACUUGUCGGAGCGACCGCGAGUCAGUCACGGCAAGCCUAACUUGGCACCGAAGCCGCCCACGAUGGCCGACACCAGGCCGUCGCCGCCGCCCAAGAAACUCAUCGUCAACGGCAAGAUAGCGGCGAGGGCGCAGAGUAUGAGGGUGCCGAGAUCACCGCCGGUGUCCCCGCCGUCCCCGCAGACGGGUAACGGUCGCCCGCUGCAGCUGCCCCCGGCGCCAGCCAAUCCCCCCAUCGGCACCAAGAAUCCAGCUUCACAUUUCGGUACAUUACGAGCGCCGCGCGGGCUGCGCCCCCCGGGCGUGUGCCCGCCCCCUCCCCCGGGCGGCCCGCCCCCGCCGCCGCCCCCCGCGCGCCUCGCCUCCCUCGCCGCGCCGCCCCCGCCGCCGCCCCCGCCGCCCCACAACCGGCAGAACAGUAUGAACGGCGAGGAACCGAACGCGCCCGCGCCGCCUGUACGCGGCUCAUCGAUGCGCCCCUCCGACCUAGAAGCGAGAUUCGCGGAGCUAUUCCACUCGCCGGCCAAGUUCCCGCCGCCGGACCGUUUCCAGCGCAUCACUAAAGGGUACAGCAGCGCCGCAGUCGCCGGGAACAAAGCGCAGGCGCCUCCGCCGCCGCCGCUCCGGCGAGAGAGGGGGGCCGUCGCCCCCCCCCGUCACCGCCCGCGCGCCCCCCGCUGCCCCCGCGCCCCCCUCGGCCCGCACCCCUCACCUCGCCCCAGAUUCCCAUCCCGCGCACGCCCUCCUUUCCGUUGCCCACGCCCUGCUCUGCCCCGCUGGCACCAUCGCCAAUCCGGCCGUCGUCCGCCGCCCCGAACCAGAUCCCGACCUGGAUCCUGGUCGCCUGCCCAUAGACGACCUCACGAUACCCACCGGCGAGGUCAGCGACCUCAGAGAUGUCGUCGACGCUAUCAACCGCCUCUGCGAUACGAUGAAGACGUCGUACGAGGAUCCCGAAGACGACUGUGAAAACGAGGCAGUCUCCGAAAGUGUAGGAUCUAUGAUUGGAUCGGAUUCUUUUGAAUCCGGUCUUACCGUUCGUAGCGAAGUUCGUAUGUUCAGCGACUGUGUCAUUACUCCCGGCGAAGAAAUCGUGUUUCGCGAAGAUGUAUCGGUCUCUUGGGAUAACACUGUUUCCGGCGAGGCUACGGUAUGCGAAGAUGGGGCCGUGUUUCAUGAGGCGGAAAGCUUGCCUUCGGAAGAACCGAGCGCCUUCGGAGAAGUCUUCGCCAGAUGUAAACCACAGCCGAGAUUGAAUACGCGCGAGGACGCAGUGUCGCUUCUCGACGAACUCAAUCACGACAGAACGCAGGCGGCGUCAUUCUACGAGCUUGUGAGUCCCGAAGCAACAUUUAGGACGAUCGAGGUGAUAAAUCGCGGACAAAACUGGAGUGAUUCGCUAGUUUCACUUCCUGUUGAGUCUUACGAACCAGUAAGCGAGAUGUACUACACGGCUUCUUCCGAAGUGUCUCUGCUUUCCGAUACUGAGGUUCCGUUGUGUACAGAGAAAACCGGGGAUGGUUCCUUAGACAGUAAAGAAUCAUCGGACGAAAGAAAAGACUGCGUGAUCGCUGGCCACGUGGCUGCAAUGAGAGAACGUUUCGAAAGCAUGACCCGAACCAACACGCCUUGCCCCGAUAUGAUGCGGUCGACAUCGCCUUCCCUCGACGUCUUCAGAAAUAUCACCCCUUCACCUGACCGUUUAGGGUAGUCGAAAUAUUAGUACUACUUAGAGUAUGUAUAGUCUAUAAAAAGGCACUGGCGAAAACCUUAACAUUUUAUAUAUACCGUACCUCCUAUGAAGUGUUCAGUAUUCGUAAUGCGUAUUCAAUGUUUGCUAGUCUUCGUGUAUGACAUCUUUCGACGAGAUAUAAACGUGCCAAGGUGGUUGACACUUAGCUAAAGGGUUGUGAUAUGAUUUUGUAGCUUCAUCAUAAUGUAAUUUAUUGAACAGGUACAUAUCGUAAAAUAUUGCCUAGUUUUAGUUGUUAAUUUAGUAAGAAACUUUGCUAUUGUAACAUGAAUAUAAAUGAUUAUUCUCUACAAAAUUACCUAAGUAGUGAUUGUGAAAGCUCAAGAUUUGUAGUUAACGAAAUAGAAUUGAUGAACGAGUAAACGAAGCGUUCGAAAAAUCUUAUUCUUAUAUCCCUAGUAAAAGAAAGGCUGUUCUAAGCAAAUCUUCCAAUAACCUAUGAAUCAUCAACUUCGUUUCACGCGUGUGGUCUCUAGUAUGCCACAAAGGGCAUACAUACUUAGAUAGACUGUUAAACACAAUAUCCUCGCUGCGUUUCGCUUGCGUGCGCAGUUAGGGUAGAAAAUAAAAACAUGAUAGGGUCAUCCUUCCAGGACAGGUUCUUAUGAACGGCCUCAAAACAAAUCACUUGUACCUUUAUUCUGACCAAGUAGAGUAUUAUUAUAAUCUACAGAUUACAUUUAAUAACUUUGACUAUAUUUUAGGCUUGUAAAGGAAUUUAAGGGACGCCAAUUUUUAUUAAUUUGUAUUUAGUUAAAUUAGCAAGUUGUGAUGUGAUAAUGAUUUAAAUGGGUUUUAUUGACUUUUUCUAUCACAAAAAAACAAAAUAUUUUUUUUUUCUUAAGACAAAUAUUAUAUUAUCUAAUUGUUUGCUGGUUCUGCUUUAUUUUCGUUGGUGCGUCACAAUCAACGUUAGGCCAUAUUUUAGUAUCAUUAAGUGUUGCCAUAAUUUAAUGAGGUUUAAUUGUUGCCAGAUUAAAUUUAUCUGCCAUAUUAUUGUUUCAUCUAAAAUUGUUUGUUGUGAUUUUUUUUGCCAAAAUACUUAUUUGGAUUUACAAUUUAUUCAUGCAGUGAUACUAGAUAAUCUGUUAAGCCUGUUGUAUUUAAUGUACUUAAAUGUAAGGGUUUGGUAUCAUGGAUAGUUUCUUAUAGUUUUAGUGAUAGUUGUCAUGUAUUAUAAUCGUGUUAUGUGUACAGACGAGACCUUUUUAUUAUUGUAUUGUAAUAAUUCAAUAUAUGGGCUUUAUUAAUAAAUCAAGUGUUAUUCUUGAAUUCAUUAAAUAGAGCAAAAAUCUAUGUUUUACCGUAACAGAUUAUUAAUUUUCCUG